AUGGCGAUGCGCGAGCUUGUGACAGGUGGGACGGCCUGUGCCGUGCCUGGUACUUCUUCUUCCUCUAACCCCCUCAGCGCUCUAGCCAACGCCUUUAUUGGCUCUUCCUCUAAAACUCAGGAAAAGCUGCAGGAGAUUCCUGCAGCAACAACUUCUUCAGACAAUAAUUUUCACAUGGGAACUGAGGAGCCCCUGGCAGUGCUCCCGGGGUCAGAGCUUGAUCAUCUGCUGCAGCCCAAUGCCUAG